UCACUACAAGUAACCAAAAAUGGUAGAAGAAAAAGAAAAAUUGCGACAAGCACGUUGAUAAAUCCCCUGACGAAUGGCGUAACACUUAUGGCUUACCGAUUUGAGCCUCGAAGAUGCAUAAAAUUGAGGCAGGUUGUCGACACAGUUCGUGGACCCAGUGCCCGAUGGUGAUGGGAAUGCCGACAGAGCGGAGGCGGAGGUGGUGGGAGAUGUUGGCACAGAACUCGGUCCGAAGCUCGGGCAACAGUUGGCGGAGGCAGGUGUUGGGCCUGAGUCCCGGUCUGUCGCUUUCUGCACCUGGAUGUCGGUUGCCGAGGGUUCGUUGCCCGCCGAUCGCGCUCCUCGCGACUCUUCAGGAUUCGCGGACUGACGGACGAAUGGACAAACGGUGUUACAGCUAAUUAAUCAGUGGCCCGUUCGAUGCCGGAAGCCGAACCGUUGAACAAAUUGGAAUCGUAGUUAACGUUAGACGUUGGGCCCGAAGGUGAAAAGCACCGACUGUGUGAACUGUUCUGUGUUGUGCGUUGCAGCGCUUACCGAGUCCAAGGGACUUUGUUUACUUACGGUUUAAGUCGUGCUGGAAAGUGUGCAACGGAAAAAAAAAAGGAAGCAAGAGACCAUUACUGGUGACAACCGUUUCUCUCCUCGCGUGUGAAGAGCGUCGAGUUUACGCUGACAAAGGGACACCGGAGAAAGGAAAUUAGUGACCAGCUAUCGCUCUGAUGCUGGGGCCAGGACAAUGGCGCAGCAUCAGCUUAUAGGAUCUGAUUUUUCCGAAGACCUGAGCGACGGGACGACCUGCAGCUGCGCAACAAGUUCCAUUGACAAGUGUUCCCUACGCGGAUGCGAAAUGUUCCAAGAGCCGUUUUACCUUCAUCCGCCAAGCGCUAGACCGCGGGAUGGCAUCUACAUAAAUCCAAUGACCGCGUUCAUAGCGGACGCACCGCCAAAACCGAAGGACACCGAGUCCUUUUACCUUCACAGUCCGAACGACCUGGUCUACACGCGAAUAACGCCUCUAUUCGGCGACUCCGGGACUCGGGAGGGCGUCGAGAGGAAAGAUGAGACGUUAACAGUAAAAGUGGACAUCCACGCGAACAACGUUAUCAACAACAAUAUCAUCAACAACAACAAUAAUGUCCACAACAAUAACUACAAACCGAUCACUAAUGGCGUACCGAUAAGGUCGAACGUGAUCAAGGACACCGAACACGCUUAUGAACAAAUUUGUUUGCGCCAGGCAGAAACCGAUAGCGUCACGUCGUCCCACAAAAAAAUUUCCGAUAACGUUUCUGACAGCAGUAAUUCCCGUAAGACAGACAGGCGCUACAGCAGGUCCAGCAGCGUCAGCGAGUCGUCGAACAUGAGCAGCGAGCUCCAGGGAUUUUCGUCACCGAUCUCGACGCCUUCCUUAUCGAGGAACAGCAGUAGUGAGAGAAUCGACAAGCCGAAGCUAUCCGAAAAUGGUUUAGAGAGAAAAACUUCGGUACAGAGCACGAUAAGCGAAACUGAGAAGGAACCAAAAAUCGUCACGAAUGGAUCCAGUUUUGUCAAACCACCUCCUCCACCUCCGCCGCCUCCGCUUGAUCCGGAAGAAAUAAUCAUCGUUAAUUCGAAGGUCCUUGAAGUGGUAGACAAGGAAGACAGGCCUGAAGAAACGGAAACCGGGCAGGAGAGCAAAAAUGAUUCCGGAACUACCUCAACGACCAUCAAGAACGGCGUGUCUUCGAAGGAGGCGGAAGUCGACGCGCCGGCCAGUUCGCAAGCGGAGAUCGUUGAGGAAAUCAAACCGCAGCAGGUGAACCACCUGAUUAGCAAACACAUGGUGCUCCCGUUUAUUCCACCCAAGUUUAUCAACGCGGCUGACUCGAAUACGCUGCUCAAGCCGUCCGAGUACCUUAAAAGCAUCUGUAAAUCAUCAGGGAAAAACACCUUGUCCAAAGCCAGAUCCGUGGACAACCUGGAUAUUCAGAGCAGACAGGAAGAAGAGCCGAGCGAACCUGCGCCUGAACCACACCUCCUUCAACCUGGACCGCCACCGCCGCCACUACCGCCGCUGCAGAAGAAUCCGGAGACGCAAAGUCAAGCCGCUCCGGAAACGGAAACAGUCAGACCUCAUCAGCCAUUGGCGACAAUCAGUAUCCAGGACUUGACGAGCGUGCAGCUGCGCAGGACCAACACGAAGAUACACGCGACAAAGACGUUCUCCGCACCACCACCGAGAAGUGUGUCGAUGACCAACGUUUCGGAACCAUUUUUUGUACAAAAAAUUGACCUCAUUGCGGAACUGAAAAUGUCCAAGGAUAUUUCUGGUAUAAAGAAACUGAAGGUGGAACGAGCCCAGGUGGAGAAAUCCCAAGAGCAGAACCUUAUGUCGGAAAUCACGAAAACGUGCAACGCCUCGAAAUUCGUCGAUCAGAUACCGGAAAAAGAUAGCGCGGGAAAUGUGAUUCCCAUAUGGAAAAGACAGAUGUUGGCAAGGAAGGCUGCUGAACGGGCGAAAAAAGAACUGGAGGAGCAAAUCGCGAGAGAAAAUGAGGAGAAGAGACUGAAGGCGAUUCCAGCAUGGAAGAGACAACUACUCGCGAAGAAGGAUCAUGCCGAGGAAAAGAAGGUUAAUCACGUGACUCCGAUCGCUCCGAUCGUAGCCCCAAAAGUGGAGGUAACAGCGCCACCAGAAACGACAUUGAACGGAGCAAAACUGAAGGAAGCAGGAGUGAAGGAGGUCAAAGCAAAGGAGGAAAAAGAGAAGGAGGAAAAGGUUGACGUGGAGUUGCGACGCAACUCGACCAACGAGGUGGACGAUGGACCAAUAAUUCCGUGGCGAGCUCAGCUGAGAAAGACAAACAGCAAGCUCAACAUUUUAGAGUAGAUAUUACCUCCGUUGGCUUCGCACGACUCUUUUCUAACAAUGCGGCUGUUGAAAUUGUCGCGCAAGUCGACGCAUCGGGAUGUUUCAAUUUCGUACGGACGUCUAGGUAUACGAACUUUGCAAUUUUCCUCGUGAAAGUCCACGUCGAUGAUACUUGCGACGUUUGGUACCUCGGAGCGUUCGAAUACCUGCAGAUCGAUGUUACAUUUGGCGUCGCAGUUUGCUUCGAGCUUUUUUUAAAGCUCGGCAAGAUCGACGUAAGUACUUAUAAUUGCACCUCUUUAAACUUGAGGGAUAAGUAACGCAUUAAUGUAUCUACUUAUCGUAAAUUCUGCAGUGUGCAGUAAUCAUAAAGAUGUAUAUUUUUUAUUCUACGGUGGUACCUAAGCUCUAUUAUUCUUCUACACAAAUGUCCGGGGCAACGACGUAGUGUGACUAUUUGAAAAUUCGGUUCAUUAUUUUUGUAAUACCCAGUCCGGGCAAGUCCCACUUCCGUACAAUUUGUCACGGUUGUCAAACACCUUGACAUCCUCAUCGCGCGUUAGAUCUACGGUGAUAUUCCAAUACAGUCUAUUCUUCGUCAGCUGCCCCGUCGAAGGUGAAAAUCUGUAAUUCGUUCAUUCGUUUGUAAGCAUGAUGAAUAACUGAGUAUUUGUUGUAAUAUUUUGUAAGCUGAUGUAACUACAAUGAGCUUACAGCAGCUAGUAAAGCUUUUUUUGAUAAA